UGAGGAAGGUGGGGCCGGCCCUCCUGUGGCGGACACUCGGGGAGGACGUGGGAUGAGGGCGGAUGUCCGUGCAGAGGCACUCGGAAGGGACAGAUAUCGCUGUGACACCGCCGGGACCCUAGAGGGGGACGGGUGUCGGUGUGGCGCCGGUGCACGCUGAGGAGCGGGUGGAAGCGGGUGGUCAUGGGGACUUGGGCGUCGUGGGACGCGGUGUGGGAGUUGCCGGCGGAGAAGCGGAUCUUCGGGGCGGUGUUGCUCUUCUCCUGGACCGUGUAUCUUUGGGAGACCUUCCUGGCGCAGCGGCAGAGAAGGAUAUAUAAAACAACAACUCAUGUACCGCCAGAGUUAGAACAGAUUAUGGAUUCUGAAACAUUUGAGAAAUCUCGACUCUAUCAGCUGGAUAAAAGUACUUUCAGCUUCUGGUCAGGACUCUAUUCAGAGGUUGAAGGCACUUUUAUUCUUCUCUUUGGAGGAAUCCCUUAUCUCUGGAGACUUUCUGGACAAUUCUGUGGUUAUAUUGGCUUUGGACCAGAAUAUGAGAUCACUCAAUCCUUGGUGUUUCUGCUGUUGGCUACACUUUUCAGUGCAUUAACUGGUUUGCCAUGGAGUCUUUAUAAUACAUUUGUGAUAGAAGAAAAGCAUGGUUUCAAUCAUCAGACUUUGGACUUCUUUAUGAAAGAUGCAAUCAAGAAAUUUGUUGUGACUCAGUGUAUUUUAUUGCCUGUGUCUUCACUUCUGCUUUACAUUAUUAAAAUUGGGGGUGACUAUUUUUUUAUUUAUGCCUGGCUGUUCACAUUAGUUGUUUCUCUGGUGCUUGUCACAAUCUAUGCUGAUUACAUUGCCCCUUUAUUUGACAAAUUCACACCUCUGCCUGAGGGAAAGCUUAAACAAGAAAUUGAAGUAAUGGCAAAGAAUAUUGAUUUUCCUUUGACUAAGGUGUAUGUUGUUGAAGGAUCUAAACGCUCUUCCCACAGCAAUGCUUAUUUUUAUGGCUUCUUCAAGAACAAGCGAAUAGUUUUGUUUGACACUCUACUAGAAGAGUACUCAGUACUAAAUAAAGGCAUCCAAGAGGAAUCUGGUAUGGAACCCCGCAAUGAUGGAGAAGGGGACAGUGAAGAAAUAAAAGCUAAAGUUAAAAAUAAGAAACAAGGAUGUAAAAAUGAGGAGGUGCUUGCUGUAUUAGGCCAUGAACUGGGGCACUGGAAGUUGGGACACACAGUCAAAAAUAUCAUUAUUAGCCAGAUGAAUUCUUUCCUGUGUUUUUUCUUAUUUGCUGUAUUAAUUGGCCGAAAGGAGCUUUUUGGUGCGUUUGGUUUUUAUGAUAGCCAGCCUACUCUAAUUGGACUGCUGAUCAUCUUCCAGUUUAUUUUUUCACCUUACAAUGAGGUUCUUUCUUUUUGCCUCACAGUCCUAAGCCGCAGAUUUGAGUUCCAAGCUGACGCAUUUGCCAGGAAACUCGGGAAGGCUAAAGACUUAUAUUCUGCUUUGAUCAAACUAAACAAAGAUAAUUUGGGAUUCCCUGUUUCUGACUGGUUGUUUUCAAUGUGGCAUUAUUCUCAUCCUCCGCUACUAGAGAGACUUCAGGCUUUGAAAAAUACAAAACAAGACUGAGAUGCCUGGAGUCUGUGACAGAAGACAUUUCUGAUUAUUUCUGUCCUGGCAGCAUGUUCCUGCUCUUGAUGUUUUUAAACUUUUUUUUUUAAAGAGGGAAACAAUUAGGUACAGAAAAGCCCAGAUUUAAAUAUAUUUAAUAUCUCAUUUCAAAAAUGAUUUUAAUAAUCAAUUUCUUAAAACACUGGAUAAAAUUUUGAAGCUUAAUGUUUUUAAAGGCAUAGUUUUACCUUUAACAUCUGAUUUUCCAUUAGUUUGUUAUUAUUUAAGAAAAUGCAGAACUUGUUUUAUGUAUUUACACAUGUGGGUCUGCGUGUAAGGGCUGUGGGUGCACAUGAAGAGGGGGCACCUCCUCCACCUCCUCUGGUCCUUUCUGCAAGGUGGAAACAGUCCUGAAUCCCAGUGCUUGUGGCUAAGUUGAAAUUUGUGUUUACCUUCGUGCAGUUGUGAUUUAACCUGGCCAAUCAGUGUUUUCAAUAAGAAAGAUAAUGGUUGGAAAUGUUACUUAAGUGACAGUUAUUAGAAAUACGCUCUGCUGUUCUACUAGAUUUCAAAUCUCUUCUUUCUCUUGCUGCCCACUGAUCAAAAAUUUCUGUUAGUGCUUUGAAGUUAGAAAUUACAUGUUGGAUGUUUUAAAUCAAUGACUUUUUAAAAAUAAAUGUUUCAUUUUUUGCUUUUGUCUCCACCUGGUAGGUAUGGUCCUACCUAGGGGGAUGUUAGCUUUUUUUUAUUCAUUCUGUUUUUUAAAUUUUUUUUUGAGACAAGGUCUUACUGUGUAGUUUCGGCUGAGCUGGAA